CAAAUGAAGCAUAAAAGUGUUGGUACACAGCGGUAUUUACUUCUUUUAAUACUCAUUAGUAUUGAUACAGAAAUUUAAAUUAAUACUUUAUAGUAUUCGAUUUAAAUAAUUUAAGAGAACGAAGUUCAACUUUUUUUUUUAAGAAGAGAUAUUUUUCAAGAAGUGAUUUAAGUUUGGAGUGAAUAAAAUAUUUUAUUCGGUUACAGUUAAGUACUAGAGACAAAAAAAAUUCUAGAACUUCUGUAAGACGAAGACUCUAAGUAGACAAGGAAGAUCACUAAUAAGGAAGAGUUAUUCGGAUACAAAAGAAAAAUUACACGAAAGCAUCAUGAAUUUUAUAAUACAACUUGUGUCUUUCCUUGUUUUCAUGGACGUGGUACAUCUUUUGCCGAUCCAAGAAGAUGGUGCUUUUGGCGAUGCUUAUGAAAUGAAACUGGCAAAAAGACCUUUCUACCCAUACAGAGAAGCAAUCUUAUCUCCCUUUGGGUUUCUAGAUGCUCCAAGAGAGAUUACCCAAGGUCAGAGAAAAAAGGCUGUUGACUCAACUUUCAUUCGUUUCGGACGGGGAUCUCCAUCAGAAAACCGGAAUGCCAGGGACCUUCAGGCAGUCUCUUCCUCAAUGGAUCAACCAAAAAUGGGCGACAUCGAAUUGUCAGACAAUGUGGGAGACGAUGGUUUUAAAGUCAGUGCACAACAUUUCAUCCUUAACCACAACGGCUGCAGAGUUUCGAACACCCGGGAACUGAUGAAAGCUCUCCUCAGUGAUCCCAACUGCAUCAGAGCUUUUCAGAAAGCUAAGAAAGAGAAUGUAAACGAUACCUUUAUAAGAUUCGGUAAACGUGAAGCACCCCCUGAGUUCCAAGAAGCUGAUUUGAAAAGUUCGUCCAUCUUCGGGGAAAGACCUUUUUGAGGGAGUGGCUUUGGUAUGAGCAACAUGAGCUGGAUUUAUUUUUUUCGUACCUCGUUCACUGCAAAAUAUGGCUUCUUUAAGGAAUCAAACAUCUAGAGUCAUUUGUAUAUAGAACUAUAUAGCUCAUUAGUAUUAUUGAUAGUUAUGAGCUUCAUAUUUGUUAACUAUUUAUAAUUUUUUGCUUCGUAUUAUUAUUAUUAGUAUACAUAUAUUAUUACUAGUAUACAUAUCAUUUUCUACAACAUUUAUAAUUUCCUUAAAUCUGUGCUUACAUUAUUACGUUAUAGUUACUAUUUUGUACAUAGGCACAUUUCAGAAAAAUUCAACUUCCCUAAAAGUACUUUUAAUAAUUUUUAUUUACUAAUAAAUUACCUCUGAUAUUUUAAUAAGGAAUUAGAAAAAAAAACUAAAAUUUUAAAUUUAUAUAUUUUUGUUCCUAUUUAUUUUAUUUUUAUAUUGAUGUUUUUACUAGUACUAAAUGAAUUACUCAAUUAUGAAAAACUCUCAAGUCCUGGGCUACUUAUACGAACGAUACUUAUUUACGAAAUUAUCAAUUAUAAAUACUGUUUACUAUAAUUGUUUGAAAACUUUCACUGGUAGAAAUUUACAAUAAUAAUUGACAUAUUUCAAUAAUAAUAAUUAUUGUCAUUAUAUUAUCACAGCAUCAAUCUAUUUUUUAUUUUAAAAAAGGUAGAUUAGGAAAUUUUAUAAAAUACUAGAACAAAUUACAUUUCAAUCAUUGAGUAUCGAUCGUAAAUUCUUGCCGGAACUUAAUACAGCAGAAAAUUUUAAAUUAUAGUGUAAAUUAAUGUGUGUAAUCAAUUACUUAAACUGCAAAAACAUUUUUGACAAUAUUUCUUAAUGAUGAUAACUUUUAUUAUUCAUUCCAAAACUGAUGGACAAUUGAAUAUUAAAGUAAGUUACAUUGUGUUUCAGAUUAAAGCAAUAUUCCUUCUAGUUACCAGAAAUUCUUAUAAAGGUAGAAUGUAUUUGGAAGUGAAUAGGAUAUAAAAAUUAUUUUGAAUAGAAAUAGAAUAUUAGUAUUAGAGAUAGUAUGAAAAGUCGAUUUCAUUCGGUUAAAAUUUCAUUUUUCAAAACAAAACAUCUGAAUUUAUUAGUAUUUAGUUUUGGAUUAAAAAAGAAAUAUUUUUCCGAGUGAGUACUUAUUUCUAAAUCUAUAAUCGCCGAAAAGCAACAAGUUCUUAUAAAGAUUCUACACGAAGAAAAAAAUUCUGGUAAAAUUACCGUAUUAUAUAGUAAUAAUAUUUCUAGCAAAAAAAAAUCGUUCUGGUUAAUAAAAUUGAAAUAUACGUAUUAAAAUCAUUUGUUUAGCAUUUUUCUCCGUUCAAAUGGUAACGGUUUACCGAAAAUUCUGGUUUUGAAAAUUAAAGUUCUUAUUACCACGCAUUUAGUAAAAAAUACAAAACUGAAAAGAAAAUUUAACCGAAUAAAUGGUUAUAAAUGGCGAAUAAAAGAUAUCACGAUAAACUUACCAAAUUCUAUCACACAUUAUGAAACUAUAGUGUAGUAUUAAUUUUACCAAAAUCAGUACCAAAGUACUUCAAUAAAAAAUGCAGUGCUUUUUCAAGUACUCAAACAGCCAGAAGCAUAUUCUGGUAGUUUUGACCAUGCUUUUUUCUCAGUGUAGAAAUAUGCAGCAAUUAUGGCGUUUCUAUGAUACUCUAAUUGUAUUUUUACAUGCAAUUUCACGUUUUAAAGCAGUUUAAUCCCAGUUGAAUCCCAACUGAAUGCCUUAUUUGCGAUAAUGUUACAAAUUUAGAUAAAUGAUAUUCAUAAAUGUGUAUUACAUAUCUUAAAAUGUUGCUAGAUUGUUAGUUCAAAAGUUUGGAUUUAUCACGUAUAAAAACGAAGUAAACAAAAAUAAAUAAAUAUGGAAAGCAAACAAUUUUCUUCUGAAUAUUACAAGCUGCUAUUGUGUAAUUAUAACAAGUUGUAUAUUAUCUGUUGUAAUUUCACAUAUUAAAAUAUCAUUCUAUUUCCCUAUUGAAUUAUCUUAAAUAAUUAAUAAUUAAAUUGAAUAAAAAUAAUAUUUAUAAAUGUGCAAUAUAUUAUCUAUAAACUCUGCUAGAUAAGUAAUUUACGAGUUUGAUUGUAGGCAUUUGUAAAAAUUUAAUAUGCUCAAAAUAAAUUAGUUUGGAAGACAUGCGGCUGUUUUGGUGCUGUGGGCAUGUUUUAUUUCAUUAGCAAAACAAAUCAAAGUCAAUUUAUAUUGCAUAUGUAUGCAACUUGUAUAUAGGUAUAAAAUAUUUAUUCUGAAUAUAAUAAAAUCAACUAUUUAAGUUUAAAUUAAGAAAAAGUUGUGUGUAUUUUGUAUAGCAUUAUUAAUUUAUUUAUUCAUUUUCGUGUUUUUAUUACUAUUAUUGUAUAUUUAACUUUUUAUUAUAUUGUACAUAUUAGUUUCUGAUGCAAAUUCGUUUUAUUAUCUUAGGAGCUUACAUGAGUAUUACUAUGUUAUUUAUCUUCUUUCUACGAAUAUAUUCACCCUCAUUUGUAUGAUGUUCAUUAAAAAACUUAUUUUAUGUUAGAAAAUAAUUUUAAUAAAAUUAAUUAAAUUUUCGCCAACUUAAUAUGGUAGCAAUAUGGUAUGAAUCAGCAUCAAUAUGGUUUCUUUAAUUCUCUUGAUGCUGUUGCUCUUGAUUCUUCGAUACUGUCAUACACAAAAAUGUCAAGCAUAAAAAAGUUAUGAGACAAGCAUGAUGUAUUUUCUAUGACCUUUCGUUUAAACUGCAAAUUUGAAGCAAAUAUGGUUGUAGUGCAAGUUCAGUUUUUUUAAAUUUCAAGCAUGCAAUUAAAAAUAUAAAACAGUAAUUAGAAAAUAAAGCUUUCAGGAUAGACUAAUGUAUA